AUGCAUUUAGAACCUGGGCCUUUCGAUGAGAACAUUAUUGCUGAAUUUUUAAGGAAGGGUAUCCGUGAACAGUCCUUCGACAGUCCAACUCUCAAAGUUAAGUCGAAGGACCGUGUUACAGUUCCACAAAACUUCAUUAACACUGAGAAAACAUCGCUGGUGCAAGAAUAUGAAAAUCUUUACAUCAAGGCUAAGGCAUUGGAAAAACCUCAGGAAGACCCGGAAAGAGAUGCCCUUCGGCUUGAAAUUGUGGAUUUGUUUGACAAUUUGGAUGCGUUGUCAAGCAUGCACUUUGUUCCACGCAAG